UGAAGAAUGCGCCAGACGGGAGAAUAUCUUAAAAAACCGCGAGACCGAACGAGAUCGCCACUUCCUCAAAAUGUAAACAGAAGUGAGUAACGUUAGUUGUACAGAGGGUUUUUCAGUAUAACAAGACAUGUGAGCAGAAACUCCAUCGUAUGUGCUGUAAUGGGUUCUGCUCCGUGGCUAAUAAAAUGGACAAUAAAGGGACCGACGAGGUGGAGAAACUGAAGUCCAAGUUUAUAUCAGCAUGGCACAAUGUGAAGUACAGUUGGGCUCUUAAAUCAAAAACUGCCUUCAGCCGUAAUUCUCCUGUUUUCUUGUUGGGGAAAUGCUACCACUUCAAGGCUGUGGAUGAUGAAAGCCCUACUGAGAGUUGUACUGCUGAGGCAUUAGGUGAUGUUGUCACAGGCAAUGUUGAUGGAUUUCGAAGGGACUUCGCCUCACGAGUUUGGAUGACCUAUCGAGAAGAUUUUCCAGCCCUUCCAGGCUCCACCCUCACUUCAGACUGUGGGUGGGGUUGUACACUCCGGGCAGGGCAGAUGAUAUUGGCCCAGGCUCUCAUGCUUCACAUCUUAGGUAGAGACUGGACCUGGUCAGAAGCACUGACCUUGGAGCCCCUGGAUACAGAGACAUGGACCAGCAGUGCAGCACGGAGACUGGUGGCCACAUUAGAGGCCUCCAUUCAGGGGGAAAGAUCACAGGUCACCCAGCCUGUCUGUCCUGCUCAAGUAGGGGCUGAGGAAGCUGACUCAUACCUACAAGAGGCAUAUCAUCGCACCAUUGUGUCCUGGUUUGGGGAUGGACCGUCAGCCCAGUUGGGCAUCCACAGACUAGUGCAGCUAGGAAUGACUUCUGGAAAACAGGCAGGAGAUUGGUACGGCCCAGCAGUGGUGGCACAUAUACUCAGAAAAGCUGUUGAUGAUGCAGCAGAUGCAUUGCUGAAAGGGAUAAGUGUUUAUGUAGCACAGGACUGCACCGUGUACAGUGCUGAUGUUAUUGAUAGCCAUUCAGGGCGGACAGGCAGCCACUGUGAUCCUCAGGGACUCAAUACUGGAGCAGCCCCUGAUAGUAGAGCUGUCAUCAUCCUCAUUCCUGUGAGAUUGGGUGGAGAGAAGAUCAACCCAGAAUACUUAAGCUUUGUCAAGAGCAUAUUAAGCUUAGAGUACUGUAUCGGCAUCAUUGGAGGAAAGCCUAAGCAGGCCUACUAUUUUGUUGGAUUUCAAGAUGACAGCUUGAUUUACAUGGAUCCUCAUUACUGUCAGUCUUUUGUGGAUGUCAGCACAAGCGAUUUCCCUCUGCAGUCUUUUCAUUGCCCAUCACCAAAGAAAAUGCCUUUCAGUAAAAUGGACCCGAGCUGUACGAUUGGAUUCUACUCAAAAAACCUCGAACACUAUGAAAGAAUUGGCAACGAACUGUCAAAGAUAUUGGAGCCUUCAUCGAAAGAGAAGUACCCUGCAUUCACCUUUAUGACAGGACACGGGAAGGAUUAUGAACUUUCGAUUGCUGGAGAAAAGCGAGAAUGGCCUUUCAUCAGGAACACAAGAAUAGCAGGGACAACAUCGGGAGACUUUGUGCUGCUCUGAGGGAACCCUUCAAGCCUCUAACCCAGAGCCAAGUGAUACACCACAAAUCAGGGCUGGAUCAGUCUGUAUUUAUAUACAACACUGUGGGUCUAAACUAUAGGACCCUGUGCUACACUGUCCUCAUGUCAUUUCAGAAAAAGCCAUUUAUAAAAAAAAAAUUUCUGCAAGCAGAGCAUUCAUUAGCUUCAGAGAGUUGACCACUUAACUGAACCCAUACUGAUGUCAAUACUUCUGUCAGUAUGUGCUUGAAAGCAAAGUUUGAUGGUGGAUAUAGUCUGGAGUGUUUCAUGAACAUAGGCCAUCCACAUUUGUUUUGAUUGCAAUUUUAUUUAAUAGCUAAACCUGUAAACAUUUCAGUGUAAUAUAAAUGCAAUUGACGUGGUUAAUACAUGUUUUUUUUUUUUUUUUUAACAAGAAUGAAUUUUUAUUUUUUUUUCCUCAAAUAGAAUCAUGUUACUUUUCUCACAUUUCUUAAAACAAUGAAUCAAAACACCUAGUCUACUUUUUUGAACGAUAUACAUUAUAUGGUGAUUUAACUUCACAAAUCUUAUGUUUUAUGUUGACAUGUUUUAUGUUAUGUUAACUGGAAGGAUAAUGUGCCUUUACAAGUGAGUAGAGAACACUGUUAGAUAUAACUAAAUAUAGUGGUAGCUAGAUUAAAAAAAAAAAGCCCUGUCUGCUGCCAGCUUUUUUUAGAAAUAUUAAAGUCAUAGUGCAUUGAUAUGCACUGAAACUGUGCUUAAUAUAAGAUUAAUUAAUGUCAAUUAACAACAAUACAGUAGUAUAAUGUCAAUAUGAAAAACGUAAUUUCAGAGCUACAAAGAUCUUGUUAGUCUUUGGGAGUUCACUGUGUUAUUUAAGCAGUAUGAAUCAAGGAGUAAUUUAUUAUUAAAUGAUGCCUUAUUUAUAUAACCUCAAGUUUAUUUUCUUGGUGAUAUAUUGUUUUAACAAACUUGUCAACAUGUACUGCCAUAAAUAAACUUUCUUUUCAAAGAAA